AUGGAUCCUGCAACAACAGCCGUUAUUAAUUAUUUAGAACAACGAGCUGAAAUUGAUCGAGUUCAUGUAAAAGAUAAAAGUACAUGUUCAUUAGAUGCUUUUCUACGUUGGGAAGAAAAAAAUGAAUGUGAAUUACCUGAUGAUCUGAAAAAAUUCUAUACAAUGUCAGAUGGACUUGAAGUACGAUGGUCAAUUAAAACAGGAAAUGCCAUACCAACAUUUAUUGGUAAAAUGUAUAUAAAUUCAUUAAAUGAUUUAACGAGAAUAACAUCAUCAGGAUCCAAACAAACGGCAGUUGAUGAAUUGAAUGAUUUUGCUGAGAAUGGUAUGUCAUCGUUUAAUAGUAAAUCAUUUUAUGGAUUUGAAAAUAUUUUAGAUACGCCUCGAUUCAAUUCUUGUGCAUGGUAUAUAUUUGAACUUGAUCCUUGUGAUGGGCAAGGACGCGUUUGUCUUGUCUAUAGCCCAGUAUGUAUUAGUACUAAGAAUAAUAUAUAUUCGAAUUCGUUCGAUUAUUUCAAAUAA